AUGUCCGCCUUCGCAGAUGGGACGGCAGGCCAACGCGCUCGUGGUGGCGGAAAGCGCAACGGCGGCAGGGCUGCCGCGGCCAAGGGCGGUCCCUCGGGCAGGCAGUCGCAGGAUGCGGAUGGAGGCGACGAGGGGGAUCAUGCCGAGCCGGAAGCUCGUGGUGGCGGAAAGCGCACCGGCGGCAGGGCUGCCGCGACCAAGGGCGGUCCCUCGGACUCGCAGGAUGCGGAUGGUGGCGACGAGAAGGAUCAUGCCGAGCCGGAAGCUACUGGUGGCGGCAUACGCAACGGCGGCAGGGCUGCCGCGGCUAAGGGCGGUCCCACGGGCAGGCAGUCGAAGGAUGCAGAUGGUGGCGACGAGGGGGAUCAUGCCAAGCAGGAAGCUCGUGGUGGCGGCAUGCGCAACGGCGGUAGGGCUGCCGCGGCCAAGGCCGGUCCCUCGGGCUCACAGGAUGCGGAUGGUGGCGACGAUAAGGAUCAUGCCGAGCCGGAAGCUCGUGGUGGCAGCAUGCGCAACGGCGGCAGGGCUGCCGCGGCUAAGGGCGGUCCCUCGGGCAGGCAGACGCAGGAUGCGGAUGGUGGCGACGAGAAGGAUCAUGCCGUGCCUGCAUGCCGUGGCGUUAACGAUCAUGAUGAGGACGAGCCAGCAGCUGUGACUGAUGGGAAAGGUGGACGUGAAGCUGUGAUUCCCUACCAACGGCGCAAGGCUGUGGAUCUGGGCAGUUGCGACCAUAAGGCGAGACAAGCUCGGCGCGGCCCCAAUGUGCACGUUUUGAGCUCGUCUGGUUCCGAGGAAGAUUCGAGCGACAGUGAGUCGGGCAGCUCAUCCGGGAGUGAGGAGGUAUACGAGGACGAGGUUGAGGAGGAGGAGGACGAGGAUGAUGAGGAGUUGGAGCCGGAGAGCGAGGAUGGGGAGGAGGCUCGGCCUUUGCAGAGGAGGAGUGUGAGGAAGCUCAAAAAGGGCAAUGCUAAGCAAAAGUCGGAGAGGGGACGGGUAAAGAUCUCCGCGGACCCGUACGCUGCGUUACGCGAUCCGAGGGGUUCGGCUGGGAAGGGAGAUCAGAUGGCUUGGGGGUCAGCGCGGUUUGGCAAAGAAACGACGGACCCGCCCCCCAACCAUAUGGGGGGUCGCGCGGUUCAUGUGAAGAACAAGGGGGCAACGAAGUGGCACGAACCCUCGGUAGCUGCAGCAGCGAAUGACGGUCUGGGAGGUGUGUGGGCGAAUGCCUUGGGUGAAUGUGGCGGCAGUGUGGAAGGCUCCAUGUGGGAUAUACGGGAGAGCAGGGGAGAAGGGGGGGACGAGAAAAUGGAUCCAGCGACUAAGGAGGGGAGGGGAGAGAGCAUGGGCACACCUGGCGCAUCCAGUCGGCCGGAUGUGGCUGGCGGCAGGACUGUGGAGCAGCUCAUGCGAGAGCUUGCCCAGCGGGAUCGCGAAAUCGCUGCACUCAAGGCAAGGCCACGAUCAAAAGGAGCUGUCAAGCCCUGCACCCCUCCAUCUAGGCCUCCUCCUCUAGCAUCUCUGUCCAGCGGCCCAUCUAUAGGGGGCCUCGAUCCAGACCUGGCGCCAAAAAGCCCAGCGACGGUAGACGUAGCGGUCCGUCGAACGCGUGGGAUGCCCACACCCAAGCUGCUGAAGUUAUCCAUCCUCCAUUGGCCCCUCUCUCCCAUCCCUUCCCACCCUAAACCAGAGCCCCUGUUCAUGGUGCUGGUGCUGGUGUGGGUGGCACGCGGCGCAAGGAUAGCUCAUUGUGUCAGUAAUCCUUCCUAUCCCUCCACCCUCUCUCCCAUCCCUCGCCUAGCUCUUCUAGAGCCCCUGUUCCUGGUGCUGGUGGUGGUGUGGGUGUCAUGCGGCGGAGGGAUAGCUAAGCAUAGCAAGCUCCUGUUCAUGGUGCUGGUGGUGGGGUGGGUGUCAUGUGGCGGAGUGAUCGUAAAGCGCAGCAGUUAUCCUUCCCAUCCCUCCCCCCUCUCUCCCAUCCCUCCCCUCCCUCUGCGAGAGCCCAUGUUCAUGGUGCUGGGGGUGGUGUGGGUGUCAUGCGGCGGAGGGAUAGCUAAGCAUAGCAAGCUCCUGUUCAUGGUGCUGGUGGUGGGGUGGGUGUCAUGUGGCGGAGUGAUCCUAAGCAUAGCAGUCAUCCUUCAUCUCACUCCCCUCUCUCUCCCAUCCCUCCCUGCCCUCUGCGAGAGCCCCUGUUCAUG